GUUACUGUGCGGUUCUCUAAAUUAUCGGGACUCUUUUCAGCUCUAAAUUGCUUCCCCUUGCACGCACGCGUCCACUGCCUCUACUAUUUUCCUCCUUCAAAUUUCACCACCGAACGAACCAACACACGCUCAAACCCCAAACCCUAACACAAGCCUUGAUCAGAUGGCAUCCAAACGAAUCAACAAGGAAUUGAAGGACCUGCAGAAAGAUCCUCCUACGUCAUGCAGUGCUGGCCCAGUGGCUGAUGACAUGUUCCAUUGGCAAGCUACAAUUAUGGGUCCUGCAGAUAGUCCAUUUGCUGGAGGUGUAUUUCUUGUGUCAAUUCACUUUCCUCCUGAUUAUCCUUUCAAACCACCCAAGGUUUCAUUCUGCACAAAGGUUUUUCACCCUAACAUCAACAGUAAUGGAAGUAUCUGCCUUGACAUCCUCAAAGAGCAAUGGAGCCCUGCCCUCACAAUAUCUAAGGUCCUCCUGUCUAUAUGCUCUCUGCUGACAGAUCCCAACCCAGAUGAUCCUCUGGUGCCCGAGAUUGCUCACAUGUAUAAGACUGACAGAGCCAAGUAUGAGGCCACUGCUCGAUCAUGGACUCAAAAAUAUUCCAUGGGCUAAAGUCAAUAGUUGACCUGCAAUAUACUUUUGCUUAUUAUUCUCUACCGUAGUAGCAAAUAAAUAGUGUUGAAUUGGUUUAAACAAAUAUGAUACUGUACUCUUGCGUUAUGCAUAGCCUUUUUGAACUUAAAUAUUGGAAAAACAAGAUGGUUCUAUAUAAAGUUUAUUAGUUUAUGGAUGGACGUCA